GCUUCGACCAGCGAUGGAUAGCAGCUGUUCAUCUCGCACUGACUCGAGCUGUGCCCACCCAUCACGAUGAACUUUGGACAGCCUCUGAAUGCUGAACAGACCGCUGCAUACCUCCGCACGCUCCCUGCGAUCCGUGAGCGAUGCAGCCGCGUGCAUGCACUCGCUCAGCAAGGCAAGCUGGAGUACUUCACGUACCACCAAGAGAAGGAGGCAGACGUGGCUGCGUUCUGCAUCGAGAUCAUGAAACGCGACUAUGGGACCAACUUCGCUAGCAUACCUCCUCAUGGACGAUGGCGCCACCUCGAUGCAGGUCGCCCCCGUGUCGAGCCCCUCAUCGCGCAGUGGAAGGCGGUGCCCAGCCCGCCCGACGAGAAGGAGAUCACCAGGCGGCUGCUCGAUCUCUUCCUUGUCUCCGUGCUGCUCGAUGCGGGUGCAGGAAACACCUGGACGUACCACGAGAAGGAGUCCGACAUGAAUUUCAUGCGCUCUGAGGGCCUCGGCGUCGCCAGCAUCAAGAUGUUCGAGGAGGGGUUCUUCUCGGGCGAUAGCAGCAACCCUCACAGAGUGGAUGCGGUGGGUCUAGCACGUAUCACGCCUGAGAGGACUGCAGUAGCGAUGCAAGUCAGCGGGUCUAACCCGAUGGUGGGCAUCGAGGGCCGCACGUCUCUGCUCGUCAACUUGAGCAAUGCCCUCAAGGCCAACCCGACCUACUUCGGGCCCGACGCCAGGCCCGGCAACCUCGUCGGCUUCCUCCAAUCCGAGUCCCUGCCCUCGCCCUCCGGCGGACGCCGCGUGCACAUCUUCUCCCUCUGGACUGCGCUCAUCGAGGGUCUCGCGCCCAUCUGGCCCGCAACGCGCACCACACUCGGCGGCGUUCCCUUGGGCGACGUCUGGCCAUGCCACGCGCUCAAAGCCAGCGCCGUGAACGAGGGCGACGAUCUUGUGCCAUUCCACAAGCUCACCGGCUGGAUCACUUACAGCCUCGUCGAGCCAAUCCAGAAGGUCCUCGGAUGGAAAGUCGAGGGCAUGGAGUUCAUGACAGGGCUACCGGAGUACCGAAACGGAGGGCUGUUGGUCGACUUCGGCGUCCUGCAGCUGAAGCCGGAUGCCAUCCCCACCUCUUUCUAUCCCAACCCCAGCUCCGGGAUCCCCAGGUUGCCUCCUUCGCACCCUGCCAUCGUCGAAUGGCGUGCCAUGACUGUCAUCGAGCUCGACCGCAUAGCCGAUGCCAUCCGCAAGAAUCUCGGCUUGACCGCGGCGCAGUUGACGCUGGCGCAGGUGCUCGAGAGCGCGACAUGGAAGGGCGGACGGGAGAUCGCGAAGCAGAAGCGUCCGGCGACGGGUGGGCCACCCAUCGACAUCGAGAGCGAUGGGACUGUCUUCUGAGUCUGAAUGAGCUGGGUUUGCCCAUCUCUGUGCGAAAAAAGAUCUGACUGCGUUAGACGAAGACGAAAGAGCAACAUGUCAAUGUACUGAAACAAUAAGAUGAACUAUAUACAUCGUAGCACAUGAGAAGUUUGGAGAAUGCCAUGACGGCUAUACAGUGAUAG